GAACUGGGCGGUGAUAUCCGGUACAUUGACGCAGGACUUUGCCUUGACGCUUUCUUCGCUUUGUCGCGCUGUCCUGAGGAGGGUCCACUUUCGAAUUCGCAGAAUGUGUCGAAGGCACUUCUUAGGUGGUGCCGCAAGCUGCUGGAUUUAACCCCCUUCCCGGAUCUCUACAGUGCUGCCUUCUCUUCCUUGGUGCAACCGCUUUCAGGAGAGAAACGCGAAAGCUUGCCACUGCCGCUUUCAUUCCAUGCGUUCCUUGAACGCAAGGUACUCAGCGCGGAAACUCCCCCGGAUGAAGCAAUCUGGGCCGGAAGCUUUCUCGCUUGCAUGGGUGGCAGCCUUCGCUUCUCCGACGCACAACACAUUCUGUGGAGCUCACUCUGCAUUAGCCACUUUACGCUUCGUGGAAUUUGCUAUCGCACUAAAACAACCAAGCGAGGAGCCCCCUUUGCUUGCUUGGGCUUUGGAGCUCACUCAUCUUCUCGUGAGUUCGGUAUGAACUGGCUCAGCGUGUGGCUUCUCCACUUAGAUAGAGUAUGGCAGGACCUUCGCAAGCGCUUUGGUGAUCAGGUGGUCCCGGACUGCUUCUUUUUCACAGCUCGCAAGUCAGGCUUCAGCCCCGCUUCCUAUGCCCAAACUUUGCUGCGCCUACGGAACUUCCUGCAGGAAUCUGGGCUGACACGGGAACAAGCCAGUGGCUAUACUCCUCUGCCAAGCGUGUUCGUGCCCUUCCCCCAGCUCUUCAACCUUAAAUCGUCCCUGCCCUCACAGUUUCAGGAGGCCAUCCAUACCCUGAAAGCUGUCAUGCUUCUCUCGAACUGCCUUGCAGCUGCACUGGGUGAGUUGCUUCGUGACGCUGCGGGUGUUCCUUUGAACCUCCUCUUCGACAUUUCCUCUUGGGGCCAGGUCGUUUCCCUGGUCUGUGCAGCCUGCCUCCCUGCGACGCGGGUGAGGCAAGCAUGUUCAACGCCAACGUCCAAUGCCAUCGCCAACACGCUCGAGCAGCAUUUGAUAACUCCCAAGACAGCUUCGGAGGGGCGCUCGUCCGAAUUGGUCCGGUCUUUGAAGGACCUUUGGCUGUCGUUGUGGCUGCCCCGGGUGAUGUGGUGGACU